AUUGGAAUUUCACUAAAGAGUAACAUUUACACCGGAGUCGCAGAACGUAGGCGAAGGAUUUUUGCUUUCUAUAUCUUCCAAUGGAAGGCAAUUUCGAGGAACAGAACAAGCUACCCGAGCUGAAACUGGAUGCAAAGCAGGCUCAAGGGUUUCUCUCGUUCUACAAAACCCUACCAAAUGACUCGAGAGCUGUUAGAUUCUUUGAUCGCAAGGAUUAUUAUACAGCUCAUGGUGAAAAUUCAGUUUUCAUCGCAAAGACGUAUUAUCAUACAACCACUGCUCUACGUCAGCUUGGGAGUGGAUCAAAUGCUCUUUCAAGCGUAAGCAUUAGUAGGAACAUGUUUGAAACGAUUGCUAGGGAUCUUCUCCUGGAGCGUAAUGAUCAUACCGUAGAACUUUAUGAGGGAAGUGGAUCGAAUUGGAGACUUGUGAAAACGGGUUCUCCUGGAAACAUUGGAAGCUUUGAAGAUGUUUUGUUUGCAAACAAUGAAAUGCAGGACACACCAGUUGUUGUCUCCAUAUUUCCAAGUUUUCAGGAUGGAAGAUGCGUUAUCGGUAUGGCCUAUGUUGAUCUGACUAGACGAAUUCUUGGACUAGCUGAGUUUCUUGAUGAUAGCCGCUUCACCAAUCUGGAGUCUUCGCUGAUUGCUUUAGGCGCAAAAGAAUGCAUCUUUCCAGCUGAAUCCGGCAAAUCCAAUGAAUGCAAAAGCCUGUAUGAUUCUCUGGAGAGGUGUGCCGUGAUGUUAACCGAGAGGAAGAAACACGAGUUCAAAGGACGAGAUUUAGAUUCAGAUCUUAAGAGAUUGGUGAAGGGGAAUAUUGAACCUGUUAGAGAUUUGGUAUCCGGGUUUGACCUUGCGACUCCUGCUUUAGGUGCAUUACUCUCGUUUUCUGAACUUCUCUCAAAUGAGGAUAACUAUGGGAACUUCACAAUCCGCAGAUAUGAUAUCGGCGGAUUCAUGAGACUCGACUCUGCAGCUAUGAGAGCGUUGAAUGUGAUGGAGAGCAAAACUGAUGCUAAUAAGAAUUUCAGUUUGUUUGGUCUCAUGAACAGAACAUGCACCGCAGGGAUGGGUAAGAGACUGCUUCAUAUGUGGCUGAAGCAACCUCUCGUGGAUUUGAAUGAGAUUAAGACGAGAUUAGAUAUAGUUCAGUGCUUUGUUGAAGAAGCUGGGUUAAGGCAAGAUCUUAGACAGCAUCUGAAGCGAAUCUCAGAUGUUGAGAGGCUUUUGCGCAGUCUCGAGAGAAGAAGGGGUGGGUUACAGCACAUUAUUAAACUCUAUCAGUCAACUAUAAGGCUUCCCUUCAUCAAAACAGCUAUCCAACAGUACACCGGAGAAUUCUCAUCACUCAUCAGCGAGAGAUACUUGAAAAAGCUUGAGGCUUUAUCAGAUCAAGAUCACCUUGGAAAGUUCAUCGAUUUGGUUGAGUACUCUGUAGAUCUUGACCAGCUAGAAAAUGGAGAAUACAUGAUAUCUUCAAGCUACGACACCACAUUAGCAUCUCUGAAAGAUCAGAAAGAAUUGCUGGAGCAGCAGAUUCACGAAUUGCACAAAAAGACGGCGAUGGAACUCGAUCUUCAGGUUGACAAGGCUCUUAAACUUGACAAAGCAGCGCAAUUUGGGCAUGUCUUCAGGAUCACGAAGAAGGAAGAGCCAAAGAUCAGGAAGAAGCUGACGACACAGUUUAUAGUGCUGGAGACUCGCAAAGACGGUGUGAAGUUCACAAACACAAAGCUUAAGAAACUGGGGGACCAGUACCAAAGUGUUGUGGAUGAUUAUAGGAGCUGUCAAAAGGAGCUCGUUGAUCGUGUAGUUCAGACUGUUACCAGCUUCUCCGAGGUAUUUGAGGAUUUAGCUGGGUUACUUUCUGAAAUGGAUGUUUUGUUAAGCUUUGCUGAUUUGGCUGCCAGUUGCCCUACUCCGUACUGUAGGCCAGAAAUCACCUCUUCGGAUGCUGGAGAUAUUGUAUUAGAAGGAAGCAGACAUCCAUGUGUAGAAGCUCAAGAUUGGGUGAAUUUCAUACCAAAUGAUUGCAGACUCAUGAGAGGGAAGAGUUGGUUUCAAAUAGUAACAGGGCCUAACAUGGGAGGGAAGUCCACUUUCAUUCGCCAGGUUGGUGUGAUUGUGCUGAUGGCUCAAGUUGGUUCCUUUGUUCCUUGUGAUAAAGCAUCAAUUUCCAUCAGAGACUGCAUCUUUGCCCGUGUAGGAGCAGGCGAUUGCCAACUGCGUGGAGUGUCUACUUUUAUGCAAGAAAUGCUUGAAACCGCAUCGAUAUUGAAAGGCGCUACUGAUAAGUCACUGAUAAUUAUCGAUGAACUUGGUCGUGGAACAUCAACUUAUGAUGGUUUUGGUUUAGCUUGGGCUAUAUGUGAGCAUCUGGUUCAAGUGAAGAAAGCACCAACUCUGUUUGCUACUCACUUCCAUGAACUUACUGCCUUGGCUCAAGCAAACUCUGAGGUCACUGGUGACACCGUUGGUGUGGCAAACUUCCAUGUCAGCGCUCACAUUGACACUGAAAGCCGCAAACUCACCAUGCUUUACAAGGUUGAACCAGGGGCCUGUGACCAAAGCUUUGGGAUUCAUGUGGCGGAAUUUGCCAACUUCCCUGAAAGCGUAGUGGCCCUCGCAAGAGAGAAAGCAGCUGAACUGGAAGAUUUCUCUCCGUCUUCCAUGAUAGUCAACAAUGAGGAGAGUGGGAAGAGAAAGAGCAGAGAAGAUGAUCCAGAUGAAGUAUCAAGAGGGGCAGCGCGAGCUCACAAGUUUCUGAAAGAGUUUGCAGCGAUGCCACUUGAUAAAAUGGAGCUUAAAGAUUCACUUCAACGGGUACGUGAGAUGAAAGAUGAGCUAGAGAAAGAUGCUGCAGACUGCCACUGGCUCAGGCAGUUCCUGUGAAGAACCCUUGACGUUUUUUGGUUUUGGUUUUGUAAAUAGCUUAAAUCGGUUCUUGUAGUUUUGUGGUCGUUGCUUGUGAUGAAACUAAAUGAGGGCAAAAACGUUAUUCUAUAAUUUUUGUAAGUAAAGACUCGUUUAAUUU